AUGCGCGUCAUUAAGCCCACGUGGCUGAGCCAUUCUGGCGAGCAGAAGGACUUCGAGGUGUACAGCUGUCACGUAUCCUCCGACGGGAAACGACUCGCGACUGCUGGAGGCGAUGGCCAUGUCAGAGUGUGGUCAACCGAGGCCAUCUAUGGCGAUGCGAAUGGUGACGCAGAAGGCAAGCCGAGACAGCUCUGCCAUAUGAGCCAUCACCUCGGUACAAUCCACUCUGUCCGCUUCUCUCCCAACGGUCGAUAUCUCGCAUCAGGUGCCGACGACAAGCUUAUUUGCGUAUACCACCUUGACAAGAGCCCCCCGGUUGCUUCCUUUGGACUUGGCGCCGAACCUCCACCGGUCGAGAAUUGGAAGACAUACAAGCGACUUGUCGGGCACGAGAACGACGUCCAGGAUCUUGCCUGGUCCUACGAUUCCUCUAUACUGGUGUCGGUUGGCUUGGACUCCAAGAUCGUGGUCUGGUCGGGCCAUAGCUUCGAGAAGCUGAAGACCAUAACCGUCCACUCCAGUCACGUAAAAGGCAUCACGUUCGAUCCUGCAAACAAGUUUUUCGCGACCGCCAGCGACGACCGAACGAUCAAGAUCUUCCGUUUCACGCCCCCUGCGCCGAAUGCGACACAACAUGAUAUGGUUAACAACUUCGUGCUGGAGCAAACAAUCAGCGGGCCCUUCAAGAGUUCACCACUGACUACAUAUUUCCGACGGUGUUCCUGGUCUCCUGACGGCAACCACAUUGCAGCUCCAAACGCCGUCAAUGGUCCUGUUAGUUCAGUCGCGAUAAUCGAGCGAACACGAUGGGACAGUGAGAUCAACCUGAUCGGCCACGAAGGCCCAACCGAGGUCUGCAUGUUCUCUCCACGCCUGUUUCAUACGGAGAACCCGGCGGAGCAACCAGACAACAAUGCCCUAGUUACUGUUAUAGCGUCAGCAGGCCAAGACAAGACUCUCAGUAUCUGGAACACGAACACAUCACGACCUGUAGUCAUUCUGCAGGACGUGGCCAGCAAAUCCAUUUCUGACCUAGCUUGGUCACCCGACGGAACUACCAUUUUCGCCGCCAGUUUGGACGGCACGCUCCUAGGGAUUUCGUUCGACCAUGGCGAGCUGGGCUGGGUUGCGGAUGCUGGCGAAAAUGACAAAGCUCUUCAGAAGUAUGGCGCGUCACGGAAGGGCAUGGGCAUCGCAGAGGACAUAGAAGGUCUGAACUUGGAGAACCAAAGCAAAGCUGGCGAGUCUCGUGCUGCAGAGUCCAGGAUGGGCGCUCUAAUGGGCGAUCCGGGUUCUUCCAAGGGAGCAACGCCUGCGACCAAUGGCACCAAACCAAAUGGGACAGCUACAGGCACCUCGACGCCAAAGCCCACGAACGGCAACGUUGAGCCGGAGAAAGAGAAGCCGGCAGAAGAGAAUGGUGACAAGGCGGGGGAGAGGGUCAAGGAGCUCAAGUCUAGGGUGACGGUUGGCAAGGACGGUAGGAAACGUGUUGCGCCUCUCCUUGUAUCCUCAUCCGGCACCGGCCAGUCAUCUCUUCCUCAAACUCAGCUGGUGGGCUCGACAUCGACCUCGAAAGCUGCGCAGAACGAUACGCCCCAGACCAUCCUGGACCUCGAAAGGCCGUUUGAAGGACUUCCCAAAGGUGGCGUAGCUGCCAUGCUGCUUGGGAAUAAGCGCAAGGCCCCAGUCCUUGAGGGUGAGGAGGAAGAAGAUCCUGCAUCGAAGCGACAGGCAACAGGACCAACGCCUGUGGUGCUGAACGGCGUCGACGGCGUGGAGCCAGCUUCAGUUGUGCCGGCUGCCUACGGUGUUGUACCUACACCCGAGUAUCUCAGGCCUGCGGUGUUAAACCCAUCGAUUGCCUUCGCGCAAAUCCGGUUGGCAGUGCCCAAGGUCAGAUCUCAAAUUGUGAGGCCCCUCGAACGCGGGGUCUUGCUCCCGGAGAGCAGCACAGAUGAAGCUUCCAAGGUGCCCGAAAACAUCAUCCUCGAAGCCCGAAAUCCUGUUCAAAUCAGGGAUCCAUCAUUCAUUUCCGCUACCAAGCGUGGAGCGCUUCUUUGGCAAGACUACCUGCCCAGAGCAGUAAUUCUUGUCACUGGCAAUAAGAACUUUUGGGCAGUGGCGUGCGAGGAUGGCAGUAUCUACACCUGGACGCCCGCUGGACGACGAUUGAUGAACCCGAUUAUCAUGGAAUCCCAACCAGUCAUCCUCGAGUGCCGUAACAAUUAUCUGCUAUGCAUCAACGCUGUCGGCCUUUGCCAUGUCUGGGAUCUGCAGAGACAAGCAGCCCUGCAUCCCCCAGUAUCACUUGGUCCCGUUCUCGAACUCGCGACAACAACGCUCAAUCUCAACACAACAACACCGGGUCCCGGCAUCACAUCAGCCCAGCUCAACUCGACUGGCCACAUUGUUGUUACACUGACCAACGGAGACGGAUAUUGCUACACCCGGGACAUGUAUACAUGGCAACGGGUUAGCGAAGCCUGGUGGGCUGUUGGCUCCCAGUACUGGAACAGCAACGACUCUUCGAUUGGGGCUCUGCAGUCAACUGCCGUUGGACCCGUCACACCCGCGAAGCCUAAGGACGACGACAGUACGGCCAACGUCUCCGCCGGCAUCAUUCCUUACCUCGAGAGGCACACGACCAAUGAGUUCCUGCUCAAGGGUCGCGCCUAUACCUUGCAGCGCAUCGUCAAGAUGUUAUUGACAAAAGACGGCUUUGAGGGCUUUGAAUCAACGGUGAGUAUUGCUCACCUUGAGAACCGCAUCGCCGCCGCUCUACACCUGGAUGCUAGGGACGAGUUCCGCCUUUACUUGUUCAUGUAUGCGAAGCGCCUUGGUGCCGAGGGUCAUCGGGGCAAGGUCGAGGAGCUCCUCAACAGCUUGCUUGGCGGCAUCUUGAGGGACAAGGACGAGAAGCCGAGCGAGGGCGGCCGGGGCUGGUUCAGCCAAGAGGACGGAAUUUGUGGCUGGGACCGGAAGGAGCUCCUGAAGGGCGUCGUCAUGAUUCUCGGCAAAUUCAGAGAACUCCAAAGACUGACCAUCCAAUACGCGCGCGUGCUCGACCUCAACCUCGAAAGCGACGGGGCGAUGGAGAUCGAGGCAUGA